AGUAGUGCUGUGACUCUUGAGCCGGGAGACUGAGCUCACAAAUCCAAGUCUGGACAACAGGACAGGACACUGCACACUUCUGCAACAGGAAAAUAUACUAGUUAAAGCAAGCUUUCAACAGUUUAGGAUAAACACAGCUAUGAAGACAACACUGGCAACUCUGACUCUCUGCCUGGUGGUGCUCAUGGCCACAGGUUUCCCUUUCGAGAGGAAAGGGGCCUCAUCCUCCGGCACUGCUGCCAAGGAGAAGCGUGUACAGUACGCGGCUUGGGAUGAUGUAAAUGUCAUUGCCCAUGGCCUGCUGCAGCUGGGCCAGGGCCUGAAGGAGCAUGUGGACAAAACCAAACUUCAGAUGAGGGACAUUUCCAGCAAGCUGAAGGUCUUCAAUCGCACUGUGACCGAACUGGGGAAGGAAAGCCAGAGGCUGCGAGUGGAGGGGGAUGCCCUGAAAGCUCGUGUCCAGGGGCUGGAGGACAGAGAGAGCCAGCUGCUGAAUGUCACCGCCGAGUUGAGGGAGAAGGCUGAAGAGAUGCAGCAGGAGAAGAGGACGAUGAGUGAGAGAAUGAGCCGGCUGGAGAACAGGGUGGACAGCAUGCUGCAGGGAGACGCGGUGCUGCCUGAUGCUGGUGCCAAGAACAACAGCGAUGUCCGCAGCAUCCAGCUGAUGCUGGAGGCUCAGAACAGACGCAUCGAUGACCUGAUGGAGCGGAUCAGACUCCAGCAGGAGAAGCUGGACAAGCAGAAUGUGCGCAUCAGGACGCUGCAAAGUCAGGUCCAACAGUCACGACAGCGACCUGCACCCCCGAGGAGCAGCAACGCGGACGCCUCUGUGCAAAGCGGCGGCGCGGAGCAACACGACUCUCCAGUCGAGGUGGCAUCAGACUGUCAUGAGCUCUUUCUGAGAGGAGAGACCACCAGUGGAAUCUACACCAUCCAGCCACUGAAUGCAGAGCCCUUUAAAGUCUUCUGUGAGAUGACAGCUGAUGGUGGGUGGACAGUGAUACAAAGACGGCAAGAUGGCUCAGUGGACUUUGACCAGCUAUGGGAGGCCUACGAACAGGGCUUUGGCGGCCUGAAUGGGGAGUUCUGGCUGGGUCUGCAAAAGAUCCACUCCAUCACUAAAGACAGUGGCUACAUCCUCAACAUCAAGCUUUCUGACUGGAAUGGUGACUUAGCAUCUGUCCGUCUUCCCUUCCAUCUGGGUGGAGAGGAAACCAAGUAUUCACUCCAAAUUCAGAAGGCUGACUCUUUCAGCACUUUGGAGAGUUCACUGGGGACUGAUGCCACCGCUGGCCUGCCUUUUUCCACCCGCGAUCAAGACAACGACCAGAAAUCUGACACCAACUGCGCCAAGCACCUCUCUGGUGGCUGGUGGUUCAGCAACUGCGGUCACUCCAACCUAAACGGUAGAUACAUCCAGAGUCCUCCUCCCAAGCACAGACACCAGAGGAAGCAGGGCAUCUUCUGGAAGACCUGGCGGGGGCGCUACUAUCCUCUGAAGUACAGCAUGAUGAUGAUCGCACCUGCUGCAAUCCAAAGCAAGUCAUAAAGAAUAGAGGGAGACUGAAAUAAAAAAAAAGUCGAAACAAAGCAAAGGGGUACAAAGAAGUAGAUUUUGGAUUAUUCUUUCUUCUUCUUGGUGCUUAGUCAUUGAGGCAGUGGUUUUCAUCUUCACUGGUUGUCUUCCUGCAAGAAAGACCUCAUACCAGAAGCCAAGCCCUCAACGCUGAAGCAAAGAGAAAGAGGUUCAGGUGUUCAUUGCUCUGUUAUCCGAGAGCAGAUUCUUUCCCUGCAAUGUUGAGCGACAGACGGAAAAACAGAAAACAUGCAGUGGAAACUUCUUUAUAUGUUGUACCUUUGAAGUUGCAGGGUUCCCUAGACAGGAGAGCAACAUAGAGCGAGUCCCGGCUUGUCCACUGUGGUGUAAGCCACAAAGGAUUUUCAACAAGUCGAGACGCAUCACCAGACGUGGUAUCAAAUAUGCAUGCAUGAUGUUUUAAUGUGGUUCUGUGGCAAGAAAACAGCACUGUCAGCUCAAGAGCAGCUUGAGAAUUGCUAUAAAGCACGCAUGCAGGACUGAAAGUCAGGCUGAUUAAGCAAGCCUUUUAAACCCAAUGGUGCGGACCAAAUGGUGACUUAAUUAAAACAAAGAGCCAUUUUCCACAUGAACAUGAUGAGAUUAGUGUUCCAAGCAUUAUGUAAGGUUAUAAAUCACUGUAAACUAGGAUUACGAUGCAGAAAUUGUGUUAAGACUGAUGUUGGAAAAGCAAUUUGUGGGGCACUGAAGACGGUUUCAGCCUUUUGUACAAUAUGUUUUCUGCCUGCAGUUUUGAACCAAAUUAAGUAUAUUAUUCACUAACUACUUUUUCUGUGGAGAUGCUGAUGAUUUUAAGUCAUAUUGACUUCUUUUAAGAUGAGAGACAUGGUUUUGUACAUAGUGUAUGAAGGAAUGUCAUCUGUCUUUACAGAUGUAUAACUGUAACUGAUUUGUUGUGGCAUUAUCUGUUGUCCUCAUGUGUUUGCUUUUGUAGACGUUCCCUUUUCUUAUUUAAAUACUGUAAAGAAUCAAUAUAUUUCCGGUGCUACCUGUUUGUAAUUUAUAUUGUCUUUGUUGUGUUUACCGAAUGUAAAAAUGUUUUUUAAAAGAAAAUAACCAUUUUGGCCACACUGAGCCAAUAAAAUUGACUUUAACUAAGA